AUGGAGAAUGCUCAGCGCGUGGUGACCGAUAUCGUAGCGAGAUGUCGAUACCGCGGCGUGGAGGUGUCCGAGACGCUCGCGGCGUUCACAGCGCGACUGGUUGUGCAUCGUAGUCAGCGUCAUCUCGUGCUGGAGCAGCCAAUGUCUCCAGAAGACGAGUUGUAUCUGACUGAGCAGUGCGAAAAAGCUCUUCUGCGUAGUGAUGAUCCAGCCAUGGAGACCGUCAAGAUGCAGCUCGAGUUCGACUUUACAUACGCGAAUCUCGAGGAGGAAUUGCGCUCAAGAAAAGAGCGCAAGGAGCAAGCGGUGGCCAAAUUGCAGCGUACGAUCUCUUCGCUUGUACCGGAGAAAGCCACUGACUUCGAGACGCUUUCGACGUUGUACAAGCACAUUUUCACCUUAUUAAUGCUAGAUGCGGGUGGUCUUGGCAAUUAUAACGAGGACGACGGUAACAAUAACAGUAAAAACAGUAGUUUCAGUAAACCAGCAGAGCGUCGUGCCAUGGAAAAGGAGGUAGCUGCAGCGCUCGAGAGCGUUUUCCCACGUAUUGGCUUGAAGUCCUUUGCGACGAUGUCUCCUGAGGAUAAGCGUUUCCAACUGGAUGAGCUCAUGCGCAUCGUUGAGGGAAUUCGCUUAUUCAACAAGGAACUGGGUAAAGGUGGCGCUGGUAUAGCAGCCAGUGCGCGAGACAUUGAGGAAAACGUCGCCGCGUUGGCAAAACUAGUGCGAGACGAGGUUCGAGACGCCAAUGAGAUCUGUACACAGUAUACUGAGGUGCUUUUGCAUGUGCAUCACCAACUGGGAGCAGGAGAAGAUGCAAACUCCUUAGAACCACCACCGAGUCUCGAUGAAAUCGCGCGAUGGCAAGAUGAACUGAGCAAUCGAAGACAGUUCCUCUCCUACCUGCAAAGUCUCGAAGAAGAUAUCGCGUUCUCCCACGAGAAGGUAGGCACACGACUGCAGAUGUUCCAGGCAGAUAUGAGCGCUCUGCAAAACCUCGUGGGGGCACGUACAUCGCUACCAAAAUCCCAUGUGUAUCCACUGUUUGAAGCCGUGUCUCGUUCAUGGGCCGAGUUGCACCAAGAGCACGAGUUGCUACAGGCUCGUGCUCGAGCUCUACGCUCAUUACUGCGCUUCAAAUCGACGUUCACACGUACGUUAUCGUCAGAAUCGCCCAUUGUACGACAAGCACGACGUGGAGGUUCCAUUCCGACUGAAGAUCUCUUCUCUCAUGUCGAGACUUUUCCAGCUGAAAGUCAACUGACCGCUGAUGGUAAAACUCGGAGCUUUGGCGUGGAAGGUGAAGACUUAAACGGCGACGAAGACAACAGCAAUCCCAAUGAAGAAGAAGGUUCAGGUUUUCCCAUUCGAAUGCCAGUGGAAUCAACACCGGAGUUCAUGCAACUGCCACUCGAGUAUCAAGGUUUCUGUCCAUGGACAGUAGUGGAGCGUGGAGGUUUGCUGCUUCCUGGAGAUCCGUCGCUUGGAGUCGUGCAGUACCGCAACGCCUACCACGUCUUCGUCAAUGAACGUGCACUAGGAGAGUUCAUGAUUCAUCCACGGCGCUAUGUCCAGGGAGUUCUACGUCGUGCAGCACGUCAACCAGCGCUGAUUUACCUGCUGCGUCUGCAAGAGUCUUUCCCGAACAUCACGCUGUCUUCGCUGCUCAAAAUGUGUCAUCGAUUCCGUGCUGAAGGAGCUCGUGGGGUGCAUCCGUUGCUGGCCCCUCCGCCGUCGCAGAAAGUGGACGCUAGCACAGCCACACCCACGCACUUUGUGGACAAGCACAUUGACUACAACUACGAUUGGAACGAGUGGAAUCUCCGUCGCAAAGCCAUCAAAAUCGCCAAUCUCCGACACUGCCGCACUGUGGGCGCACAAACAGCACUCAGCAGCUUCCGUCGCGAAGUCGAUACUCAGGUUUAUCUACCGGUUGACGUAAGCUGCCAAACCAGCAAGACACAAGGGACGAAUCCACCGCGAGUCACCACUUACUUCACCGGACUACGCAGAGGCCACGUCUACUCCAUUGACGAUGCCAAACGCGCCGUGGCCAAAGAAGCGAAUUCAACUAGUAAGAAGAGCCGUCGAUCCAAACACAACGAAGACGCAAAAGAGGGCAAAGCUGUGGAACGAGACGACAACCAACCGGUCAUCGUCUCCUACACGUUUGAUUUGUCAUAGUAAAAAUUUGGUUUUCAUCUAAAAAAAUUCGAGCCAUAAAAAAUUUAGCGACUUGAA